GAGAAUCAUCAGCAAAACAAGAGACGUAAGGUAGAAGGAGGAGGAAACACUGGGGAUGAAAUUGAAGGUAGCGGAGACAAUGAUAAUAACAACAACAGCAACGAUGGCGGCGUUAAAAGUGGUAACUGUGUGGCUUGUGGUAGUGGUUGCAAAUCCAAGGCCAUGGCACUCACUAAUUACUGUCAGCUUCAUAUUCUCAUGGAUAAAAAACAGAA